AUGCAAAGAGUUGUAUACUACAGUUCACGGGAAUUGAAUAACGGGAAUAGUCAGUGGGUUUCUGAUUGGCUACUAAAGAAUAAAGGUACUUGUCGCCGUAUAGGUUUUGGGUUAGCUGUAGCACUCGGGGUCUACAUAUUAGGACCUAGCAUUGGGAAUUGGAUAUUCGGAGACAGGUUUAAGAAGAUGUUUGGUAGCAGCAGUAAGCGUAGCGAUAAAUUCACUACUGGGUUGAUUAACAACCGGAACGAUUGCUUUGCCAAUUCGUCUGUGCAAGCUCUCUCAUCUCUAGUGUUUUUGACCAAAUAUUUGAAUGAGAUUUUGAGGCAGACUCAGCAUCUGACGACACUGCUGGAUUCUAAUGCGCAACAAAAGAGUUUGGAAGAAAACGAAAGAGAGAGUUUGGAUGAGCAAGACGACCAGGUUGUGCCACCGAGCAGAGAGAAUGCGAAUGCAUUGCCACCACAGAAGAGACCUGCUCUCUGGAAAGCUCACACCAGCACAAAUACACUCUGCACAUUACGAUUCCAAGACACUGCAACUCCUAAAGGCGGACUCUCUGAGCAGUCAUCAUUGAAUGGAGAAGAGUCGGAUCACUCAGAACAUUCAUUAGACAUCGAAUCGGAUAACUUCACCGACAAGAAUGAACAAGAAGAACUGGAGUCCCAGACGCAUUCGGAUGCUUCUUCAAAGGAUAUUCCUAAGAUCCCAUUGCAUGAAUCCUUGGCUCAAAUUCUCUACCAGUUGCAACAAACUGUAAAUGCAGAACACCACAUCUCCAUUUGGCCAUUUUUGAGAGUAAUAGAAGGUAUAUUCAAAGCCAAAAUAUCUACCGGUCAAAAUGACGCUCACGAACUAACCCAAGUUAUAUUACAAACUUUAGAAAAAGAGAAUCUCGCUUUAAAAAAGUUCGUCACGGCCAAUUCAUUAGACGUAAUCAUUCCAACCUUCCCGGUACACGGUUCAUUAGCUGAUAGUCUCUUUUGUUUGAGCUGCGGUGAGUCGUCCAAGGUUAAUGUGCACGGUUUUUCAAUGUAUUCGAUGCCGGUUCCUCAAUUAAUUAAUGCUAAUCUAUCUCAAAUGAUUUCUGAUAACCAAACGGAUCAGAUUAGCGGGUACUCAUGUUUAUGUUGCAAGCUGAGAGCUAUAUUAGCUAACGAAAAGAAUCGAAAUUUUAGUAAUAAUUCCGAAGAAGAAAAUGCCAUAUUGAAAGAAUUGGAGGAACUUCUUCCAAAUGCGUUUAUAAAUGAUGAUUUACCUGGCCAUUUGAGCAAUUACGUGAACUCUUACAACAAGGACGGCAUGAAAACCUCUGAAAUCAAAUCGACCAUCGUAAAAAAGACUGUGGUUGUUGAUUCUCCCGAUGUCUUGAUUCUCCAUCUAUCACGCUCUGUAUUCAAUGGAAUGGGAUACCAAAAAAAUACAUGCAAUGUGGCAUUCGACGAGGAACUUAAUGUAAAUCGUCAAAUCAUCGAGAACAAUAAAUGUGUUGGCAUCAAAAACGAAACUUACAAACUAAAAUCUGUAUUAAGACAUCAAGGCUCGCACGCUGCUGGCCACUACGAAUGCUAUAGGCACAAGCCCGACUUUAUGAAAGACAUAGAUACUAACCAAGUCAUUAACAAAACUCCAAUUGUUGAUUUUGGUAUAGCAUCUAACAAACUGGCAGCUGAAAUUUGGAAUCAAGCAGUUAUGAAUUCAAACAAAUCAGAUUCUUGCUCUAUCGACUCAGAAGAUUCCAUUUCAUCUAAUGUACCUUUCAGGUCCGUAUUUUUAGACUCACCAAACUGUGCUGUUGUCACAGAAGAUGACUACGUUAUUGGAAGCACAGAAUUUUCUUCUGGAUCCGGCAACAACGCACAUAGUAACGACCUUGGAAAUAUGAGUACCAAUGGUGUUUCCAGGACCCCUUCGACGUUAAAGAGAAUGACAGGUUUCUUAUCCAGAAGAAGUUCUGUGUCAGUCCCUGAGCCAAACAGCCAAACACUAGCAACACCUAACUCGGUCGCGAUGUCAGUGAGUGCCAGUGGCCCCUCCAUUAUAUCUAAUAACUCUCCAAUUCUCUCCCCUCCUCCGGCACAUACAGGAAACCGUUCAAGAUUCAACAGUAUAUCUUCGAUGAAAACAGGCAGAUCAAUGUCGAUUACAUCAAGUAAUGGCAGUAUCGAUUCGAGUACUGACCAGGUUACAAAUACAAGUACAACAGAGGUUGAUACCGAAACUGAACAAGAAGGUGCCCUAAAAAAGACUAGAAAAAGACGUUUAAAGAAAUUGAAGAGUGUUGUAAAGUAUCCAUGGUGGAGAAUAUCAGACACAAAAGUUAAAGAAUGUAGAGUGGGUGAUGUCUUGGCUGAAACCCGCUUCGUAUACAUGCUAUAUUAUGAAAAAGUUCAGAAUUAG